GUUUUACGAGACCAGACUUCGAUGCCGCAUAAACCGUUCAUAAAUCAUAACAGACGAUGAUUAUGUUAUCAGGGUAUUGGAGUGAUGUCUUCGUUUUCAAUUAAUCGAUAUUACAUUAGAUUAUAAGGUAUUCUAAAUGAGAAAAAUAACUUUUAAACGAGACCUUAGGUACGUCCCGAAUGAUAUAUCGAAUUCAAACGUCUAUUAAUCUAUGCUAUCUACGUUAAUUAUGUAAUUCAUUGUUGAUAUUGAGAGUCAGGUUUAAGAUUAAUCAUAUUGCAUCUUUGAAUUUAAAUAAACAUAUAUAUUAUAUUAAAUAAAACGUAUAAAACGGAUGGAUGUUAGUGAAAAGUUAGAAGUGUUCGUACGUGAAAAUGUUUAGCGACAACGCGGUUCUCCUUACGGUAUAUUCGACGUUCAUGAAUCCACUAGCGACCUCUGCGGCGAAACGAGUUCGUAUAUCUUCUCUCGCUCAUUAUUACGUAUAAUAAAAGUCGUCGUCACUCACGCGUCCACUUUCGUGUUCGUAUAAAAUAAAAUAACAUUUUUAUUUUAUUUUCUUUUUGCUUUUCGUUUUGUCUGUCUGUCUGUCAGUCAGUCAGUCUUAUUGUUAGUUGUGUUCUGUAAACUGUGUGUGUGUUCUUUUUAAAAAGAAGUAAAAUGGCAGAUACCGCAGUAGCAUCCGAAACUCCAGCUCCGGCUACACCGGCGAAGAAACCGAAAGCGGCAGCGGCCGCAGCGGCCGCCGCCGCCGCCGCAGCGGCUGGAUCGAAGAAACCUAAGGCUAAACCUACGCAUCCUAAAACCGCUGAAAUGGUCAACAACGCCAUUAAAGAGUUGAAGGAGCGCAGCGGUUCAUCGUUACAGGCCAUCAAGAAAUACAUCGCCGCUCAAUACAAAGUCGAUACAGAGAAAUUGGCACCGUUCAUAAGAAAAUAUCUUAAGAGCGCCGUCGAAUCCGGUGCCCUGAUACAGACAAAGGGAAAGGGUGCUUCUGGUUCUUUCAAAUUGGAAUCUAAAUCAUCGGCAGCAAAGAAACCCUCAUCGUCGGGAGGUGGCGGUAAGGCCAGCGGCGGUGGUCCCGCCGGAGGCGGUAGGGCUGCAGCAUCUUCGGCAUCGGCUAAAUCUAAGAAAGCCGCCGCCACGGCAUCGGCAGUGGCCGCGAAGGGAGGUAAGAAAGGCGGUGCCGUAGCUUCGUCCGCUGCUUCUUCACCAUCUAAAGCUAAAGCAUCGGCGGCGGCGGCUAGGGAUAAGAAAGCGGCCGCAGCCGCAGCCGCGGCUGCCAAAAAGAAGCCAGCUGCUGCUAAGAAAGGUUCCGCAUCCGCCAACGCCUCUGCCGCAUCCUCAGCGGCAGCGUCUAAGGCCAAAGGAGCAGCAUCCAAGGCCAAGAAGAGCGCCAAACCUCCCACUAAGAAACCAAAAGCACCGAAACCGAAGAAAGCAGCCGCCGGUACCCCGAAAUCGAAACCCGCAGCUAAGAAAGCAGCAGCAGCGAAAAAGUAAUAAUUUUUUUUUUUUUAUUACUUUAUCUAUCGCGUAAAUCAGCGACGGCGGCGGCAGCAUCGGCACCGUGAGUUUGAGCGUCAUCUUCGAUUCCGUUCAAUGAUGAUGAUGAUGAUGAUGAUGAUGUUGAUACGCGGGACCCGGGGGUUGUUGUUGUUGUUGUUGAUAUUAGUGUGUUUGUAUAUUUGAAUAUCAAAGUCGUCGUAUAGAAUUACGAUAGAAUCGAAAAUUAUUAUUAUAUUGAUAUAAUAAUAAUAAUAAUAAUAAUAAUAAUAAUGAUCAUCAUAACAACUUGAUUCAAUUGGAAAUUGUCAAGCCGAAUGUACAUAGGUAAUUAAUUAUGUUCAGUUUUUGUGUGUGAAACAUUCUUAAAUAUCAUCGAUAUCACACACACACACGCCCACGCACACACACACCGACGGCAUCGCACUGUCUCUCCGUGCCCCCAUACACUACAACGUUCGAAGAAUCGACGAGAGUGACGUUCAUCUUACUAGCACACGUCGCAGAUACGAAAGAAAGCAAAAGAAAAAUAAAUAAAAAGCCCUUUUCAGGGCUAACA